AUGUUACCGCAAACGUUUGACUUUCCGACGGCUUCCACUGCUACGGCAGCAUCAAUGGAAGAGGAUUCGGAGAAGGUGUGCGCAGUAUGUGGCGAUCGAGCGGUCUGUUUUCACUAUGGCGCACGAACCUGUGAAGGAUGCAAAGGAUUUUUUAAGAGAACCGUCCAAAAAGCAUCCAAAUACGCAUGUGCCGGAAAUCGGAAUUGCCCCAUCGAAAAAAGGUAUCGAUCUCGAUGUCAAGCGUGUCGAUUUCAAAAGUGCCUCAGUGUCGGGAUGACGACACCGACACCCGUCAGAUAUGUAAGGGGGUUUUUUGUUGUCAAAAAAAAAUUCCGAAACAUGACAUCCUCAGGAGCUGCCAGUUGA